ACUGGGGAAUUCCAACAGUGUGAUCAUUUUAUAGCUACUCAGAACAAAUAAAAGCAAAGGAACGUCAAUAAUUGAAGUUAUUUCAGUAACUGUUUUGACUUCAGCCAGUAAACCAGGUCAUAAUCCAGGACCAGGGAAAUGGAAAUCAGCACAACAACAGAAUCUUCAUAUCUAAAUACGUGGAAUUAUUUUGAUUAUUAUAUACUGAACAAUGAAAUAUUUGAACGUGAAGCCAGACAUCCUGAAUUUCCCAUAAUUCUUAGCAUUGUGACCCUGCUCAGUCUUAUUGGUAAUGUUCUGGUUGUUGUGAUCAGUGUAUGCUGUAUGAGGCUUAGAUCACUGACCAGCAUCUUCAUGCUCAACUUUGCUCUGUCAGACCUGCUGUUCACUGUCGGACUGGUGCUCAGGGUAUAUCACCUUAUCUCGGGUUUGAAUCCCAGUGAUGCAGUGUGCAAAGUGAUCCAGUAUACUUUCUCAGCUGGAUUUUACAGCAGCAUUAUGUUCCUGGUACUGAUGAGUGUUCAGCGAUACACAACCACAGUGCACCCUCACUCAGGCUGGAAGAUAAGACGUCGGGUCGCAUGCAUUUUUAUCUUUGCAUGGGUGGUGAGCCUCUUGGCAGUGCUGCCAGUCAUGAUACACGCUGUAGCAUUUCCUGAAUCAGACUUCUGUAUGUACAGCAGCAGUAUUGUACAUAUUUCUCUUACGUAUAAAGAAAACAUAAUUUGUGUGUGUGCCUUUUUGUUUCUGAGUGUUUACUACAUCAAGAUCCUGCGCGUCAUUGUCAAAUUACCAACAAACCCGAGACACAGAACUACUGGACUCGCCUUCAUUCUCGUAGUUAUGUUCUUUAUUUGUUGGGCUCCUUAUAACAUUGUAAAUUUCCUGGAAACCUUGACGUAUUACCAAAUAAAUUUUGCUAUGGAGUUCAGUGAACAUCUCAAUUACGCGAACUACAUCUGCCAUCUUCUGGUCUUUAUCCGAUGCUGUCUCAAUCCAGUGAUCUAUGCUUUGUUUGGCCUCAAAUAUCGUAAGUCUGUGCGAGAGAUUUAUUUAAGGCGAGCUCCUGUACACUCUGCACGAAUGGAGACUGGAGAACUUCCUCUCCAGGAUCGGGACAGUUUAAACAAUCAAGUCCCAGAGCAGGAUAUAAAUCAAGAUUUCCAUGAACUACAAUCUCUUUCUUAAGUUUGCUUAAGAGAUACCAACACUUUUAUGGUGUACAAAGCAACAACAGGAAAACAUUAAAGUUGAUAUUGUGUGUACUACUUGAUAAUUAGCAGCUAAAAUAAUGGAUUAGUUUUUUUUCAGGACCUAAAAGACCACAAUCUGGGCCUCUUGGGCAUUUUCUACUGGUUCACAACAACAAUGAUUGUAAAUUCAUCAAUGUUACUAAAAGAUACACACGCAUAAUUAUGUUGUAACAUUAAUACAAUAUAACUUCAGCACAUUAACAUGGUAACACCUUAAUAGGAGCAACUAAUAAUUUAUUCAUUAAAUUUCUAUACUGCUUAUCCUGUAUGGGGUCGUGCGAAGUAAUGCUGUUUUUUUUUUUCAAUUUCUUGCAAGAUAUAUUCUUUCUGUUUCUUUUUUUAAUAAGUGAUAAAAAUUGGUAUCACUGUAGUUUUUUGCAGUGAUGUAUUAUUAAAGGAAAAUGUAUAAGAAAAAUGUAAAUAGAGAAUAUUCAAACUGAAUUAUUAUUCUUUUGAUUGUGUAAAGCUGCUUUGGGACAAUGCCAAUUGUUAAAAGCGCUAUACAAAUAAAAAUUGAAAUUGAAUUAUGAA